GAAGAGGGCAUCACAAGGGAUCGGAGAAGAACCAUCCACGAAAGAGAAGGCCCUCAAUUAUCAUUUGAACGACGCGGAUACUGAUACCCAAUUUCCACUUCUUCUGAUCUCUAUAAGUAAUCAAUCACAAUUCACAACACACACCCAAGAAAGAAACAUUCAGAUUCUUAGUUAUUCAGAGAUUUCAAAUCAUAUUGUAUUAUAUAAUGUAUGUAACAAGGCCACUUUCUAUGUUGAGAAAUUCGCCGUCGGCGUUGUCGAUGGCGCCACCGGAGGGUCCAAACUCGGGGAUUUUGGUGAUCAAAGACGAAGCUGCAGAAUCAAAAUGGUUAUUCGGAAUGCUCAAGGAUGAAACAGUUCUGGUCCCUCCUUUCCCUCAGAAUAAGAAAAUAUGGCUUUCUCAUACAAUGGUUGUUGGAACUACUUCCGUGGUUGAUUAUAUCUAUGCCCUCUUAAUUCCUGUUCUCAAUCAGCCUUUGUCUUCUAACUUAUGUGGGUACAGGCUAGCAUACAUGUGUUCAAAAGAAGAAAAUGGUAGCCGAUUAUUAGGCGUUGCUGAUACACCACCACAAAAGUUCGACCCAACAAACAUUUACCAAGAAUUCGAGAUCAGUAACGAUAUGUAUUAUGGCAAACCCAACGGUUUUAAUUUCAAGUCUGUUGCUUCCAAUGGAGUUACUCCAUAUGCGAUGACACACAAGAAUUGGAGAGCUUAUUGCAAGACUCUCAAGACUUUCCAACCCACCACCGAAGCGCUUGGCCUCGACGUCUCGCUUCGAGCUCGUCUCCCUCCGCUCACAUUCUCCCUGCCCUGUAAAUUCUCCAGCCCUGCUGUUGUUGUAGGGAAAUGGUACUGUCCUUUCAUUUUCGUUCGAGAAGGCGACGUCGAUUCUCAAAUCAAGAACUCUCCGUAUUACGAAAUGGCCCUUCAACAGAAUUGGGUGGAGGUUUUUGGGUGUGGGAAUAAUAGUAAUUCAGGAGGGAGAGGAGUGGAGUUGGAUGUUUUGGUGGAGAAGGAAGUGGUUUCGGUGGGAGGGCGGGCUGUGGGUGGGGUGAAUAUAGGGGAUGGGGCGGCGUGGUUUGGUUCGUCGAGAGUGGGGUUGAGCAUGGCGAUUGUGGAGAGGAUAAGAUGGGAAGAGGAAAGAGGUGGAUUUGAAUGGGUUAGAGAAGGAGGAGAAAAGGUAGUGAAGGUGAGAAGGAGGGAAGAGUUUGAAGGGGUGGGAAUGUGGAGGAGAUUUGGAUGUUAUGUUUUGGUUGAAAGGUUUGAGCUUAAGAGAAUGGAUGGAUCUUUGGUUCUUUCUUGGGAAUUUAGACACACUCAUCAAAUUAGAACAAAGUGGGAGUGACAUUAUAAAUAUAUAUAUAUAUAUACAUACAUAUAUAUAUAUAGAUUGCUACAAUAUUUUCUAAUUUUAUCUUCCACUUCAAAAUAUUUCUUUAAGCAAGCAUUAUAGCUUUAGCCUUGGCCUCCUCUCUUGGUUAUGUUAUGAAAAAGAGUUUUUUUUUAAGACGAUGUUCUUCCUUCCUUCUCGAUCAUGAGGUGCCUUGCAAGCAAACGAAAU